AAGAGCAUCAUUCAGUUUGUGUUCAACAUACGAAUAAUACAGAAAAAAAACAAAAUGAAAUUCUUCAUUGUAUUCGCUGCCCUUUUCGCCGUAGCUUUGGCUGCUCCCGCUGAACACCAUGCUGAGAUCGUCAAACAAGAAUCCGAUGUUCAACCUGAAAGCUACAACUUUGUUUCCGAAACCUCCGAUGGUACCGUCAAGUCCGAAGAAGGUCAUUUGAAGGAUGUUGGCACCGAACACGAAGCCAUCGUUGUUCACGGUUCUUUCUCCUGGGUUGAUGAGAAGACUGGCGAAAAAUUCACCGUCAACUAUGUUGCUGAUGAAAAUGGUUUCCAACCCGAAGGUGCUCAUUUGCCCAAAGCCGAUCAUUAAACAGGAUUUUUGAAAAAAAUAAAA